AUGUAUGAGCGUAUUAAUCUAACUCCAGCCCAGCAGCAGGAGAAGAAACCACCGAAUAAGAAUAAAUCAGUCCAAUACCAAUUGAAGCAAGUUAUUGGUAAAGGUUCUUACGGUGUCGUUUACAAGGCCGUUAAUAAGAAAACAUUACAAAUUGUAGCAAUAAAAGAGGUUAAUUAUGAUAAUGAUGACGAGCUGAUUGAAAUUAUGACAGAGAUUGACCUGCUGAAGAAUUUAAAUCAUGUUAAUAUUGUCAAAUACCAUGGAUUUAUUCAAAAAUCUUCAAAUCUUUACAUCAUAUUGGAGUUCUGCUCCAAAGGAUCUCUGAAAAAUCUAUUAACCGGGUAUAAAGAUGGAAUUCCAGAACUUGACGCCAAAGUUUACAUAAGACAAACGCUUAACGGGUUGGUCUAUUUGCACGAGCAAGGUGUCAUACAUAGAGAUAUCAAAGCGGCAAAUUUACUAUUGGAUUCGAAUGAUGUUGUGAAACUUGCUGAUUUUGGUGUCUCUACCAAGGUUAGUAAUACUGCGAUGACUUUGGCAGGUUCACUUCAUUGGAUGUCUCCAGAGAUCAUUGGAAAUAGAGGUGCAUCUACAUUAAGUGAUAUAUGGUCUUUGGGUGCUACAGUGGUAGAAUUAGUUACUGGAAAUCCACCAUUUUAUAAAUUGGUGGAUGUUAACAUAUAUUAUGCCAUUGAAAAUGAUCCCUUCAUACCUCCAGAAUUCCUUUCCAAUGAAGCAAAGGACUUCUUGAAGAAGUGUUUCCAGAAAAAUAUGUAUAAGAGACCCACCGCAAAGAAACUUUUGAAACAUCCAUGGCUAUUUGAGAAUUUUGAUCUCGAAAAUGUAUCUCCAAUAGAGAACACUUCAAAGAUACGAAGUACCCCCAAAGUUUCAAAAUCAAACAAAUUAGACCGGUUUAAAGAAAAUACAGAUGAAUCAGCUGAACAAUGGGAUGCAGAUUUUAAAGAAAAUGAUAUUCCAACGUCUUCAUCUAAAUUUCUCCAGACGCCUGGUCCGGCUAAAAAGGCCUUUAAUGGUGAUGAUGGGAAAAUCAACAACUUUUCACCUCAUAAAAAUAAUAACAGCAAUAAUAUUCUAACACCAAUUAAUUCAAAUGUUUCUAUGGCAAAUAACUUUUCGGAACCAAAUCCAACAACCCCCGCAAUUGCAAAGGAUGGGGACUAUUACUUGCAUAAAUUGCAAAAAGGGAAAACAGUAACAAAUCUGAAAAUACUCUUUUCUGAUUGCACCGUUGGAGAUAUCAUCCACUCUAUUUUUACUAUUUUAAAGUCAAAUACCAUAUCAAAGAGAAAAUGUUGUAAGCUCCUAGAAUCCAUAUUCGAUUAUGAUUUGAAACAAAAUAGUUCCAACCUGAAGAUGCUAUUUAUUGCCUUGGGUGGAUUACCCCUUUUGUUUGAUGGGCAAUACGGAUCAUUACUUCUUACAUAUUUUAUGAAAGAUUCUUAUAAGAAUUUAAUUGAAUGUGGUAUAAUGAAUACGAACAAUUUCAAGAAAUUUUCAUCAAAAGAUAAUCAAGAACUUCUUCUAGAGUUAAUUUACAAAUACAUGGAUGUCUCGAGCUCUAAGGCAAUUAAUUUCUGGUGUAUAUGGUGUGAAAAGACUUUAGAUGUUCAACUGUUGACCAAUAAUUUGACAAGUAAUAAAACACAGAUGAUUAUAUUGAAAUUGUCCGUACAUGCAUCAAUUUGGUUUUCAACAAACAUCUUUCCUCAAAUAAUCAAAUCUGUCGAUGUACGAACGUUAUUACCAAAUGAUCAUCAAACUCUUUAUAUAGUUUUGAAAUCACUAACCUGUAUGUUUCGAUAUUCACUUUAUGAGUUGCAAUCAUCAUCAUCAGCGUCAUCAUCGUCAUUAUCUAGCUCUGCUCUAGUGGGAUCACCACCAGGUUCACCCUUUCGUUCACCUACCAUCUCACCUUCAUCAUCCCCUCGAAAUUCCUUAAUGAGUCCUUUGGGAAAAUCAAUGCAAUCGCGCUCAUAUAUUCAUUAUUCACCAUUAAAGAUACCAGAAAAUUUUAAUAAUUGGUUAUUAGAAAUAGUCAACAAUGAAGAAAUAUUACAAUCGAAAAAUGUUCAUCUAUGGAAGUACUUCACUCGAUUAUUGCAACAAACAACUCAUUUAAACAUUCCAUUGUUACACACAUUGGGAUAUCACCGUGGAUUUUUAUCUUUCAUCAAUGGAUUAUUAGAUUAUGGGUAUGAAAAUGAUAAUGAAGUAAAGGUCAUCCUUGAAAGGAUGUUGGAGAUAUGUGUCGAAGUCUCUAUAGAGUUGGACACAGAUGAUAUUUCUCCAGGUUUCAAUAGGUUGGCUCUUCGAUUCCUCAAGGACAAGAAUUACAUAUGUGGUGCUCUCGAAAUCAUCUUAAAUUCCAUUAAUUCGAAGAAUGAUGGUGGUGGUGAGUUGGAAGAUGCUCAAUAUGCAGAUAUUUUCCCCGUUAAACUAAUACGGGACUCCUUCUUUGCCCUAGACGCGAACGAUUUAAAUUUCAGUAAAUUCAUCAAAUUCUUCAUCAAGUUUUGCUCAUUGAGCCCAUUCCAUAAAUUGAAUGUGGAAUUGAUCCUUCAUGAUGGAUUCAAUCCACGAAUGAUGGAGUUUUUCCAAAUCUAUUUCAAUAGUUUGCUGAUUCAAAUUGAUCUUUUGAAAUUUAUCAAAUUGAUAGUGACGAAUUCUUUGCCCUGUAAACAAAUUGAUGAUAAUUUGAAUGAAAUGAUUGCCUUCUUGAAACAUAAUUGGGAUGCAAAACGUGGGGAGUAUAAGGAGGGUAAAGUCGGGAACGAUUCUAUCUUGAUUCAUCAACUAUGCUCUGAUAUUGAGAUGCUGAGUGCGAAGCAUAGGAAUAAGAAGAAUAAAAACAGGAGGAAUGGACGAGAAAGUAGAAAUGUUGAUCAGGAUGGGUUCGUUAUACCCAAAAUCAUUCCUGAGUGGAAAUAA